AUACAGGAAACAGUAAACUCUGGACACUGAAGGGUGAGUAACUCCAGACGUUUUAAACUCUCAAAGAGAGUAUUGCGGCUAUUACAGUUAGGCUAUUAUAAAGAAUUAGAUCGUAUCUUGUAAUGUCAUCUAAAUGGAUAAAAUCUACAAUUUGUCCUGUUGUUCAUUUAUUGCAACCAUUGAAGUGCCUCAAACUGCUACCUCAGUAUUUACUCCACUUUAGAGGGGGCGGUGUUGACCCUCCGUGCACCCCGCCUACUAGUUCAUUCCCCGUUGUCUACGUCACUCGACCGAACUCCAUGCAAAUCUCUCGUCGCUGGAACGCCAUUGGCCGCUCGCUCAUUUUAAUCGCUGUCAAAACGCAUCAUAUGGCCGCCGCUUUAACUAACUCUUCAACUCCACUAGGAAAAGUAACUCAAAUGCCCGUUCAAUUAAUGUGGAUGCGAAACGGCAGUUGGAGAGGACACUAAAUAGGCUACAGGAGCAAAAAGAAACUAAAAGCAAACGCUUUGGAUUAACUGAAUUGCGCGUUUCAUCGGAGCUUGUGAAGCACCUGCUUCAAGCGGACUACUGAGCGCCGAAAGUUCAUGCUUUUUCUCUGAGAGCUGUGAAGUUGUAAGCCAGUUGAAUGUAUAGCAUGAUGAUGGAGACGGACCUUCAUUCCCCCGGACCCCAAACCAACACGAAUCCGGGGCAGACAGGUCCGAAUUCGGGGAGCAAAGCCAACCAAGACCGCGUAAAAAGACCCAUGAAUGCUUUUAUGGUGUGGUCCCGGGGCCAGCGCAGAAAAAUGGCACAAGAGAACCCUAAAAUGCAUAACUCUGAAAUUAGCAAAAGACUCGGUGCUGAGUGGAAGGUGAUGUCAGAGGCUGAAAAGCGGCCCUUUAUUGACGAAGCAAAACGGUUGCGAGCCAUGCACAUGAAAGAACACCCGGAUUACAAAUACAGACCGAGGCGCAAAACCAAGACCCUGCUUAAAAAGGACAAGUACUCGUUGGCCGGCGGCUUGCUCGGCGGUGCGGGUGGUGGUGCAGGAGUUGGUCUCGGGGUCGGGAUGAGUCCUGUGGGGGUCGGCCAGAGGUUGGAGAGUCCUGGGGGUCACGGAGGCUCGACCAGCGCCGGCUACGCGCACAUGAACGGCUGGGCAAAUGGCACAUACUCUGGCCAGGUUGCCGCCGCAGCGGCAGCGGCUGCAAUGAUGCAGGAGGCGCAACUCGCUUACAGCCAGCAUCCAGGUAGUGGGUCGCAUCAUCACCACGCUCAUCAUCAUCACCCGCAUAACCCGCAGCCCAUGCACCGCUACGACAUGACAGCUCUACAGUACAGCCCCAUCUCAAACUCCCAGAGCUACAUGAGCGCCUCUCCGUCUGGCUACGGUGGGAUAUCGUACACGCAGCAUCAAAACUCCAGCGUUGCAUCCUCCGCCACCAUCGGUACGCUGAGCUCGCUCGUCAAGUCCGAACCGAACAUAAGCCCUCCGGUUACAACACAUUCCCGUGGACCCUGCCCCGGAGACUUGAGAGAAAUGAUAAGCAUGUAUUUACCGACCGGGGAGACCGGUGAUCCGUCUGUUCAAAGCAGACUGCAUGCCUUACCGCAGCACUAUCAGAGCACGACUGCCGGAGUGAACGGAACUGUCCCAUUGACGCAUAUUUGAAAGGGCUAAAGGAAAGUGAUUGGUAAAGCGCAUUCAGAAACACUCCACCAAAAAUAUUUACCUCUUUUUUAGAACUGCUGUCAUUGAACUACUUUUGUACAGAAUGUUUUAUGAUGUUCUUGUAAAUUAAAAAAGGUAAAUAUUGUUUCGAUUGCAUUUGGGAGAAGGACUGUAAUCUUAUAAAAUAUAUCACUUUCAGUGAAACAUUGUUUAAAUAUAAAGUAAAUAUGACAUCGUUUCUGGCCACGCCAAGAAAUAUGCGACAUACUGUUAUUCUUUAAAUAUUUAAUUUUCUGUGCAAAUUGGCUUUUGAGUGGAUAAUAUCAGAAGUCUAGCGUGAAUAACUCGAUGAAAUGCUUUUAAGAGCCCAUACAGAGUUCCCUGCUUAUUACAUUUACCAAAACGUUUGUAUACGUGAAUUAAUGUACCAGGUUUAUGUUGUAAUAUUUCUUGUAAAUUGUGAAUAAGUUUUAAUAUUUCAAAAGACUGGCACGUCUCUGCUGCUGUACAUAAUUUAUGACAUGCAUUCUUGCCAGUUCAAAUCUUAAACUUGCGUUGA